ACCGCAUGCUUGGCUCUCACUCGGUCAGUAGCUCAGCAGACGCCAACGGGUACAGAACCUCUCGGAUCCAUCUGAUCCUACCCUGCAUCUCCUCACGCCAGUUUUGUUUUUUUUCCGUGUGUUUUUUUUUCCGCACAUCUCUAAGCUCGGAAUCAUUUAGUGGCGGGAAGCGGCGACGAUAGGUUCUCUGCGUCUGCGAGUUUACCAAGAUGCUCCUUGGGCGCCUCAUCCUCGUGGUGGUCGUCCUCGAGCAUUGCCGUGCCUUUGAAGGGCAGAGGUUGGUCGUCUCUCAACAUUUCCAAGAUGGCGGUAAUGUCCAAGAAACCGUGCUACGUGAUCUGACCUUGAAUACAACAGAAAACAGGGAGGGCGAUAAUGAGGAAAACGGGAAGCGGAUUCCUGAAGGCUCUGUACUUAGAGAAAGUAUUCGGACUUCACAGAUGUGUGAUGAUUUGAAUAUUAUGGGAGCCAGGAAACUGUGCCCAGAUUUAACAAGAAACAUUAACGUCCAAGAUUUACAGCAGUUCACAGACGAGGAGAUACGUCUACUGCAACGGUUGUAUUCAAGAAAUCAAUACCCUUCAUAUGUCAAUCAAGGAAAUUCUGUCCACAUCCAAGGAGGUUUUCAGAAUCCAGUUCCGCAAGUGAUCAGUACAGGGGGCUCCCAUUCUCUGUUAAUGAAAAAUAAGCCAAUUCGUAGACCCGAAUUCCACUACGUUAACCCCCAACCGUCUACUGUCAACUUUAACCUGCAUUCAACGCCAGUGCAAAGACCUUCAGUUGGUGGGGAAGUCCCACCAAGCCAGUCAAAUGUUCGUCAGUCAACAAGAAUCAAUUCAAAACUUUUAGCCAAUAUAACUGCAGCUUCACAGAAAUAUUUUCAGAACUUGCGGAAUUACCCCAUAAUGCAGAACAGCCAUGCCAUAGGGGGUCCAUAUAAUCAACCAAAAAAUAACAACCCAUACCUUCUUCACCAUAAUAACCAUUACAGUAAACAAAACUCUCCAUAUGCCAAUAAUCAAGGUUUUAUCACAAGACCACCCUACCAAAGGAAUGUCCCAUCAUAUACUACACCAAAUAUUCCUGUUCGUAACAUCGUUAAUGUGCAAAUGCCCAAUUCACCUGAAAAGCACACACAACAGAAAGCAGACAUGGCAGAAAUUUUGACAAAUCUCCAGAUCCUGACCAUCCUAAUGAAUCAAGAUGCGGCAAAUAAAAUGGAUGUAAAAGGGGCGCAAAAAUUACCACCUGGAUUAACAUUUGCUAACAGCGAUAGUGUGUCAGAAACUAUGAAAGCAAUGAUGGCAGACCCGAAAGCUCGACGAAAUGAAGAAAACCAGCAUAGGCAUCCUACUCAUGGAUAUACAAGCAGCCCUUCCAUCACUUUUAGACCAAAGGGCUUAUAUUCCCAGCAGCCAGUUGAAGCAAGAACUAGGCGCCCUGAUAUUUUCCCUGGACAUUUUAACCAACCUCCUUUUUCCUUAAGCCCAAAUUUUUUUCAGCUUCCUUCAAGAAAUUCUGUGAAGAAUUCUGAAAGCAGUCGACCUAAUCAUGUAGGGCAAAAAGCUACAGGCCUUAGCUCUUAUUUUCUAGAUCAAGGUUCACCUGGACUUCCCAGCUUCCAUACAAGUGGUGUUCCUACCUCUACAGUGCCACCAGCUACAGUCUUUGAUAGUGUAGGGGCUCUGGUCUCCCCCUACACACCACAAGAACUCUUAGCAGAAAGUCAGUCUUCUCAAAAGAAACCAGUUAAAAAUACCUCGGCCCCCAAUCUGUCAGAAACUAAACCAGAGAAUGAUCCUGGCCAAGAUGAUAGUACUGUUACAGAAACUGAAGAACCUGAAGUUUCCACUGAUAAUGAUAAAUUGAUAAAUCAAUUUGCAUGGAAUCCAAAUUCUGUUGCUCCUGAGCCCCCUCUUUAUAAUGCACCACAGAAUCCUCAAGUACAAGGAACACAAGCCUCUAUGGAUAAACUUGAAGCUCUAUAUAAUUACCUUGCAUUUAUGAACAAUCACCAGACUGCAACUCGACCACCAUCAACUAUACCAACAAAUCAAAAUGACCCUUUACCCAGCCUUAAUAACCAAGACCUCCUUCUUACAUACUUACUUCAGGCACAAGGCAUAGGCCAGCCAUUACCAGCACCACCACCAGCACUCCAACCAGACACCCCAUACAUCCCAGCCGUCCAUAGUGGCCUGUACUCUGGAUUGCAAGCCGAGCCUCAGCCACCAGCUCCCCCUCCAUCUUCCAUAGCUCCUACAGGAGCAUCAUCAGGUGUGGGCAUCACACAACCACUGUUCACACCUGGUGCAUCUGCCUCUAGUAUUGAGGACUGUCUGAAAAGCAAGGUAUGUGCUUUCUUCCUGGCUGGGUUAAUUGCUGCUGGAACAACAACAGCUCUUGCUAUACCUAUAUUUACACCAAUCGUUGGUGCUGGACUUUUAGGCAAAAGGCGCAGGAGAGAUGUUGAUUAUCUGGUCUUAACUCCAGAAAAUGCAACAGAAUUUAUUCAUGCCUUUUCCAGCUUUGAAAAUGGUGGUAAUAUUAACAAAUUAACAAAAGAUGAAAAGCGUAUCUACAUUUCAUUUUUGCAACAGUUGAAUGGUAAUUCACAAACUGUGUUAACUGAUCUAAAGGAGUACAUAAAUAACAAUGAAGAUGAAUUAUUGAAUUUUUCAGUUAAAGAAAUUGAAUAUAUUACAGAUAAUCCAAUACCAGCAGAAUUAAUUCACAACUUAAAACAUAAUACCUUGAAUAAUCAGCUGAACAUGCUGAAGAUGUUGAUGAAUCACCUUUCUAAAAAUUCAGAGAAGGGAGAUGAUAAUACACAGAACAGUGAAAUGCAAGACAAUGCUCAAGAAUUGGAGAAAAGGACAAACAUUGGUGAUUCUGAGAAAAACAUUAAAAUUGUAAAGAGAGAUGCAGUUUAUGCAGGUGCAAAUAACAAAGAAAGAAAUAUUACAAAUGCACAAACUGUAAAAGUAGAAAUUCAAAGAAAACAUAAUGGGACUGAAGAUAAUUCAACAUCCCUGCCUUUAGAAGCAGAAAGUAUGAAUAAGCUAUUGCUGUUAAAUACAUCUUCGACUGAUGAAUAUAAAAAUGUCACACUUUCUGACAAUACACAACAGUCAAAUGAAUCUCGCAUGACUCAAAGCCAGGCUUAUAACAGCUUAGAAACUGUUCCAGGAUUCUCCCUUUCACAAGUUUCAAAACGAGAAAAUACUUCUGACAAUGCAAACACCAUACAUGAAAGUAAAACCGCAACUGAAUCUUAUGGAAUUAAGCCUCUUGUCCCUCAGGGUCCUCCUAUAACAAAGAACAUUCUGCCCACCUCUGUAAAAUCACAAGGUACAUCAUACCAAACUUUUCCUGAUGAAACUGGGGCAGUGUAUGGGUUUCCACUUAUCAUUCCUCUCAAAGAAGUUCCUGAUCAUCACAAACCAUUACAGGGUAAGAUUCACCAGUUCUAUAAGGUGUUAUGCACUGUAAUUAAUUCACCAAAUAUUCCAAAUAUUGAUAUUAUCACAUUCAUUGCUCAGCGUUGUUUGUUACUAGCAUAUGCAGGCUUGAUUAGAUAAUAUCUUUCAUGGUUAACAAGUUCAAAUCUAUUAGCAGUACCUGAAAUCUACUGUGAAUCAAUAUUUCCUUUUAGUAGAUAAUAUUCUGUGGGAUAUAAAUGAAUCUGUUAAAUAGAAGAGAUAAAAGCACAGGCACAUUCCCAGCCUCACCCCAAAAUCACCAAUGUAUCUACACAUCUAUACACCAUAAUAGAAUCACAUGAAUAAAUGUGCAGUGAUACUGUUUUUUGCUGUUAUAUAGGAUAUUUAUUAUUAUGGUCUGUAAUUUUAUAUAUUUAUACUUCUGUAAUUAAUUUAUUUUCUAACUCAUGAAUGUUAAUAUAACAAACUUAUUGUGGUUGUAUUUAUUGUAAUGAAUAAACAGCUAACAAACCUGUUUUCUCAUUGUUAAUUCCUUUGCAUGGAAAAACAACAAAAAUUUGCCUGUCAUAAAGUACUCUUCUUUUCUCAAGAAAUAUCUACCAGAAAUAAAUAACUUCAUUGAAAAUCAAACAUCUUCAAACACUUUGUCUAAUGAAAUAAGUAGUUCAUUCUGAAACAAGGGGAAAUAAUACAACAUUAUCUUCAUUGCUCUUCUUCAAUAUAUAUACAUACAAAUGGGCUUUCUAUCUACACAAGUAAUUGACUGACUAGACAGUUAACAAGGGAUACAAAAUUUUCUUAUCACACAAGGGCAUCUGGACAUAAGUUACAAUUUUUUAUCAAUACCUUAUAACAAGAUACUGUAAUAACAUGAAAAUAUUAAUGCGAUUAAGUUAGAUUUCCCAAAAAUGAAAUGUUAGCAUUUUUAUUUAUCAUACUUUAUUCUGAUCAUUCCAAUCUAUCUACAAAAAAAGGAGAAAAAAAAUGAAAUGAAGAAUUAAGAGUAAAUACUUGUAUUAAAACUAAAAACAAUUUGCUCUUAACCUGUUGAUACAUCUUUUCCCUUGUGUCAGGAAUAGAAGCCUGUAAUUAGGUAGUCAUGUUAACUAAAGAUAAAGAUU